UCAGGCUGUCUCCACUGUUGUGAUAGAAAGAUGAUCACUGGCAUUUGGACUUCCUACCAUCUAACAAACACUAGUGGAAAAAGAGUUAUCUCCUUGCCCCCAGCUAUAUGAUUAUGACAUAUAACAUUGUACACCAUGCCACAGGAAGAGUGACCUCUUCUCCUGUUUUCACAAUGGAGGACCCUGGAAAGACGUUCAGCUCUGAGGAAGAAGCAGCUAACUAUUGGAAAGAUCUGGCUAUGACCUAUAAGCAAAGGGCAGAGAAUACACAAGAGGAGCUCCGAGAAUUCCAGGAGGGAAGUCGAGAAUAUGAAGCUGAAUUGGAGACACAGCUGCAACAAAUUGAAACCAGGAACAGGGACCUCCUGUCAGAAAAUAACCGCCUUCGCAUGGAGCUGGAAACCAUCAAGGAGAAGUUUGAGACACAGCAUUCUGAAGGCUACCGGCAGAUCUCCGCCUUGGAGGAUGACCUAGCCCAGACAAAGGCAAUUAAAGAUCAGCUGCAGAAAUACAUCCGAGAGCUGGAGCAAGCAAAUGAUGACUUGGAAAGAGCGAAACGGGCCACAAUCAUGUCUCUGGAAGACUUUGAGCAGCGCUUGAAUCAAGCCAUUGAAAGAAAUGCCUUCUUGGAGAGCGAGCUUGAUGAGAAGGAGAAUCUCCUAGAAUCUGUUCAGCGACUGAAAGAUGAAGCCAGAGAUUUGCGGCAGGAAUUGGCUGUGCAGCAAAAGCAGGAGAAACCCAGGACCCCCAUACCCAGUUCGGUGGCAGCUGAAAGGACAGACACAGCUGUGCAGGCCACUGGCUCUGUGCCGUCCACUCCUGUGGCUCAUCGGGGACCCAGUUCUAGCUUAACCACACCGGGGACGUUCAGACGUGGUCUGGACGACUCCGUGGGCGGCACUCCUCUCACGCCUGCAGCCCGGAUAUCAGCCCUCAACAUCGUGGGAGACCUGCUGCGGAAAGUAGGGGCACUGGAGUCCAAACUUGCAUCCUGCCGGAACUUCGUGUACGAGCAGUCCCCAAACCGAACAGGUGGCCCCACCUCAGGGCGGGGGAGCAAGAACCGGGAUGGCAGUGACAGACGGCCAAGCAGCACCAGCGUGCCUCUGGGCGAUAAAGGGUCAGGAAAACGCCUGGAGUUUGGGAAGCCGCCUUCAAAUCUGUCCUCACCAUCCCUGCCGUCAGCCCAAGGUGUAGUCAAGAUGUUGCUUUAGGAAACCCGCAGAAAUGAAGCCGCUGGUGUCUGUGCAGCUGGAGUUGUUACCUUUCCUCCCCACUCCUCACACUGGGUUUUUGUUUUUCUAAGAUAGUUUGAGAAAUAUGGGCAAGCAGGCACACUAGCCAGUGACUGAAGCCAUCGCCCGUGGCCCUGGUGGUUGGCCCUAUGAAAUGUCUCAUAAUCCCAGCCUCCUUGUUGGUGUGUUGCAGACAGAGAGGGACAAACAGGCCCCCCUGGAAAGGGCUCUGAGGUGUGGGUGCUGAGGCUACCCCAUCAUUUUGAGCUGACCCAAGUUCUGGUUGGUCUUGAGAGGUGUUUUUAACGUACAGAGACGCUUUCCAAGGGGGAUCUGAGUCCACCUCAGGCUCACGCCAGCCCAUUCAGCUGGAGCUGUCUUCCAGAACAAAGUCUCCCGACACUGUAUGGCACAGCAAGGACCUGCGCCCUGGAAUCACGUCUAGGAGCGGAGAGUAGACUAGGCAUGUGCUUAUUAAAACUGGUGUAUGUACCUCCUCCCAUUUAAUUCUCGUUGAAGCUUUUAGAGGUGUGCUUGAGUGUCAGAGUACAUAUUGUGUGGACCGGUCAGUAGAAAAUCUGUGUCCUCUUUAGAUCUGUCCUGACCAUUAGUUGCCCUAAGCCCCAUCCCUGGCUUGGGGGUGACCUUUGCUUCAGGACCCUCAAGGUCACUGGGGUGGAGUGGCUUUGUAAAUACAACCUUUAAGCAUAGGAUUUCGCUGAAGGCCAUAAUGAAAUCAACAUGACCUUCAAAUAAGAGUCAACCACCAGGAUUGUUGUUGGAAGCUUCCUUGUCAAAGAAGUGAACACAGUUUUGUGGACGUGGAUGGUGUACAUGCUCAUCUCUGCUUGUCGUGAACUGCUGUUUCACACUUUCGGUCACAGGCCAAAGAUGACAUGAAUUCAGGAGCGUGUGUGUAGUUCAACAACCUUCCUUUUGUUACUAAGUUAUUUUUCCAAAAGAACAGCAAAAAUAUCCUUGAUUUGAAAAGAACUUUUCAAGUGCUACUGAAAUUCAACAGGAUUAAACUUGACUGCCUUAUUCAUUAUUCUAGAAACAUUCUAACCUGUAUCUGUAAAAGAUGUACUUUUAUUUUUUUAAAAGAA